UAAAUCCAGAAAUGCCAGCCUGAAAAGGCCUGUGCAUCACUUCACAUCUCCCUCUUGUGUCCCUCUCUUCCUCUAUCUCUCAAUUUUAUCAAACCUCGCACAUUUCCCGAAAUAACCUGACCGAAGCUGCUUCGCUCCGUCGAUCAGUUGCCGGCGAGAUUCUCCGGCUGCAAUGUCUAGUUCACGCGCUUUUACUUCUCUACUGGCUGCAUUUCUGCUACUUCACUCAUUAGUAACUCUGGUUUCUGCUCAGGGAUCUACUAGCCGCUGGCAGACACUUAGCGGAAAUCCACCUUUAGUUGUUGCACGUGGAGGGUUUUCAGGGCUAUUUCCAGAUUCAAGCUAUUAUGCUUAUCAGUUCGCAUUGGAAACCAGUGUACCCGAUGUAAUUCUAUGGUGUGAUGUGCAGUUAACCAAAGAUGGAGUAGGGAUUUGUGCUCCUGAUCUCAGGCUGGAAAAUUCUACCAACAUUUCAAUUUUAAAUAAGUACAAGACUUACCUAGUUAAUGGUGUCCCCACUCGAGGAUGUUUUUCAGUGGAUUUCACUUUCAGUGAUUUAUCAUCUGUAGUCUAUACCCAGGGUGUCUAUUCUCGACCUAACAAAUUUGAUGGCUUGUCUCCAAUCCAGCAAGUUGAGAAUGUGGCUGCACUAAAACCAUCAGGCAUGUGGUUGAAUGUUCAGCAUGAUGCAUUUUUCACACAACACAAUUUGAGCAUGAGAAGUUACAUACUUGCUCUAUCUAGAAAAGUGGUUGUCAAUUAUAUCUCAUCACCAGAGGUGGUUUUCCUGAGAAGUAUUGCUGCACGAGUCAACCCUAAUGUGACAAAACUGGUCUUCCGCUUUCUAGGACCUAAUGAUUUUGAGCCUUCAACAAACCAGACUUACAGUUCUCUGUUGAAGAAUUUAACAUUUAUCAAGACAUUUGCCUCUGGAAUUCUUAUCCCUAAGGGUUACAUAUGGCCUGUUGAUGCAAGUCUUUACUUACAACCUCAUACUUCUGUUGUCCUGGAUGCACACAAGGCAGGGCUGGAAGUUUUUGCAUCAGAGUUUUACAAUGAUGUUCCAUUUAGUUUCAAUUACAGUUAUGAUCCAGUAUCUGAAUAUCUAUCUUUCAUCGAUAAUGGUGACUUCUCUGUUGAUGGUGUGCUAUCUGACUUCCCAAUAACUCUAUCAGGGGCAAUAGACUGCUUUUCUCAUUUAGGUAAAAAUGCUUCAGAAAAAGCAAAAGUUUUGGUCAUCUCAAAAAAUGGAGCAAGCGGAGAUUACCCUGGUUGUACCGACAAGGCAUACCAGAAAGCUAUUUCAGAUGGUGCAGAUGUUAUCGAUUGUCCUGUACAAAUGUCAAAGGAUGGAAUACCAUUUUGCCUAGGCUCCAUAAAUCUUAUUGACAGUACGACAGUUGCUCAGUCCAAAUAUAGCAACCUUUCAGCAAUAAUUCCAGAGCUCAAAACAGGCAGUGGAAUAUUUACCUUUAGCUUGACAUGGAGUCAGAUUCAGAGCUUGACGCCGGCAAUGGCAAACCCAUAUGCAAAAUAUGAAUUGUUCCGGAAUCCAAAGUUCAGAAAUGAUGGAAAGUUCUUAAGCUUGUCUGAUUUCCUGGCCCUGGCAAAAAACUCUAGUUCUCUCUCUGGUGUCUUGAUAAGCAUCGAGAAUGCAUCUUAUCUGAUAGAGAAGCAGCAAUUACCGGUAACUGAUGCAGUACUUGAUGCUUUGAGCAAAGCUGGUUAUGACAAGCAGAAUGCAAUGGAAUUAAUGAUUCAGUCAAGUAAUAGCUCUGUUCUGAUGAAGUUUAAGGAAAAAAAUAAUUACACUCUUGUUUAUAAGGUUGAUGAGAAUAUUCGAGAUGCUCUUGAUGCAACCAUUAAAGACAUCAAGACAUUUGCUGAUUCUGUGGUCAUCAGCAAGAGUUCUGUCUUUCCAGAUAAUGCGCUAUUCCUUACUGGUGUUACAGAUGUUGUGCCACGGCUAAAAUCAGCUGGGCUCCCUGUAUAUGUAGAGACCUUCAGCAAUGAAUUUGUAUCUCAAGCAUGGGACUUCUUCUCGGAUGCAAAUGUUGAGGUUAACACUUAUGUCAUGGAAGCCAACGUUAAUGGUGUUAUCACAGACUUCCCUCUAACAGCAAGUAGAUACAAAAGGAACCAUUGUUUAAAUUUGGGCAAGAACACACCUCCUUACAUGACCCCGGUUCCGCCAGGUGGUCUCAUGGAAAUAAUUCCGCGUGAAUUAUUGCCGCCAGCUGAGGCUCCUAACCCAGUGCUAACGGAGAACGAUGUGGCAGAGUCACCUUUGCCCUCCGUUAUUGCGAGGGUUCCAUCUUCCAGCCCAGGUGAUGGAACUGCACAAGCAGCAGCUCCAAGACCAAAUAGACAGCAUAAGAUUGCCGCAUGCUUCUUCCUUACAAAUCUGGCCAUUCUCUUCACUGUAUUUUCGCUACUUUAAAAAUCGAAAAAGUCAGCUCUGCCUAAGAUCUUCCUGCGCCUUUCUAUUGACAGUCUAUUUGCGGUGCUUUAUUUUUGGUUUAUUGUUGUAGGAAUGUUCAUUCUUCCCCUUGUAUUUUGGAGAGAAACAAAGUCAAGGCAGAAUUCAUUACCCGUGUAAGAUAUAUUUAUAUUCUUUGGUGUGUAUCAUUGAGAGAAGUUAAGAGGCAUGGACUGAAUAUACCCAUGGAUUGAUCA